CUGGCGUUGGCCAGUUCGCGGACAGAACACUAAAAAAUGGCGCAGUUGAAGUUUCUUAGACCCCUGGUGAAAGUAUUGGUUAAUCGUUCUGGAAUCGGAAAAGCAAGUGUUUGGCACGCGGUGAUCGUUACGUUUAUGCACUACUUCUCCUGGGGUCUUCUCACCGUUCCCUUCAUCGAAAAAUUGUCGGGAUCGUUUGGGAAUCGCGUCCUUCUCGUCGAUGGACUGGUUUAUGGAGUUAGAGGAAUCCUGGGAUUUGUGACCACGCCCGUGAUGGGUGCCAUUUCCGAUUUUCAUGGCCGGAAAGUAGUGAUGCUACUGGCAGUGGCAACCACCUACGCUCCAAUUCCAUUCAUGAUGUUGAAGAGUUGGUGGUUUUUCGCCAUUCUCACUGUGAGCUCCAUCUGUGGCAGCACUUACUCCUCUUCAUUGGCCUAUGUGGCAGACACAACUACUGUGGAGAAUCGUUCAAAAGGCUAUGGCAUUGUUGCGGCCAGUUUUGGCGCAGGAAUAGCCUUUUCACCAUCGUUGGGGAAUUACUUGAUGAAAUCGUACGGGUCCGCAUCAGUUAUUUUGAUUGCCGCCAUCACAGGCUUGAUUAAUAUAAUGUUUAUCAUAUUUGCGGUGCCAGAGAGUUUAGUUUUAAAAGAAAAAAAUAAUAUGUUGGAUGAAGAGAGUGAUAACAAGAUGGAGGACAUUAACCCGAAGGAAAGGAAAGAGAUCUUAAACAGAGAAGAAAAAUUGAAUAACCACGUUUCAGCGAACAAAUCCAACCACGGCACAUCACAAAAUCUAGUCACAAAUAAAGAGCUGGGCCAACAGUUCAACAAAGAGGAAAACCUUCAGAAUGAUUUAACUGAAAAGGAGAAAAUUGAUAAUGGAUCCCUAAACUCUUCCGAUCUUUGGGAAGUGCUGCGUAAAAGUCGUAAGGAUAAGAACCUGCUCGUGAUAUACCUCAUAACAUUCCUCUCGAUUUGGCCCUUUGCAGGAGUGGAUUCUACUGCGCCCGUUUAUCUCAAAACUAAUAUGGGAUUUGAGUACGAGGAGGUGUCCAUGAUGUUGGGAUUACUAUCUGUGCUGGCGAUCACAUCCAAUCUCCUUCUCGGUUAUAUUAUAAACAUAGUGGGGGCCAAGUGGUCGAUCCGACUGGGAUUAUUACUCCUGCUAUUGCAGUUGUUCUUCUUCGGCUUUGGAACCCAUCAUUGGAUGUACUGGUUAAGCAGUAUCUUGGCCGCACUGGCAACAAUUAUACCCGCUGCCAAUAAUGCGGUGGCUUCCAUCUACGCCAGUCCCGAUAAUCGGGGUGCUGUCCUGGGCAUUAUCUCUGGAAUUGAGUGCUUGAGCGAGGGUGUGGGACCUGCCUUUUUCGGAGUACUCUUCUUCAUUUUCCAGGAUGAUUCGAAGAAUAAAGUUAAUUCACCAAUUUCAAUGCCCUUCGUCAUAAGUGCCAUUGGUGUAUUUGUAGCCAUCGUCUUGACAGGUUUUAUUAAAAAGGAGACUGUCGAAAAGGCACCAUUGAUCUAUAAGAUCAUAGACGACGCUAGCGAGGAUGAGGUAGAACCACUAGCGAAAACAACAUUUAAAUAUGAAAAGAAUAAUGGUUAUGUAAAACUAGAGAUAGAUGACAACUAUGAUUCGGAUUGUAAAGAACAUAGCUUUAAAUAA